GCAUUUUUUAAGCCCUUUGCCAGAAACCCUAACAGGGGCCACCAUAUAUAUUACCAUGUACUGCUCCCAAACAUUAAAUCCACCACCACCACUGUACUUACACGCUCAUGUCAUGCAUCCAUUUUUCUCUUAUCUGUUCAUAUUUUCUGAGUGAUCAGACACUAGCCGUGGCUACCAGCUUGUACAUUUUCAGUUCACUGUUUCUUUUUGUUUCCUUUUUCUCUGCUGCUUAAUCAUACAAGUCGAGCUAAAGAGCUAGCUCCCUUUGUCUCUAUUGAUAUCUCUUUUUCCGUUUUAUCUUCUUCUGCCUUGGCUGCAAUACUACUUUGAGAGAGAGAGAGAGAGAGAGAGAAAGAGAGAUGGGACAUCACUCAUGCUGCAACAAACAGAAAGUGAAGAGGGGGCUAUGGUCUCCAGAGGAAGAUGAAAAACUCAUCAACUACAUCACAACACAUAGCCAUGGCUGCUGGAGCUCAGUUCCUAAACUUGCAGGCCUUCAGAGAUGUGGAAAGAGUUGUAGACUGAGAUGGAUAAAUUAUCUGAGACCUGACUUAAAACGUGGGAGCUUCUCUCCCCAAGAAGCUGCACUCAUUAUUGAACUCCAUAGCAUUCUAGGCAACAGAUGGGCUCAGAUAGCCAAGCACCUGCCAGGAAGAACAGAUAAUGAAGUGAAGAACUUUUGGAACUCGAGCAUAAAAAAGAAGCUCAUUUCGCAUGAAGUUAUUCCUGCAUUUGCGACCUUUUCUAAUGAUCAUAUUCACAACCCUAGUGGUCAUGGCUCUGAGGAAGGUUUCUUCACUCUCAAUACAAACCCUAAUUUGGGUUCUCAACCACAAGAUCAGCUAUACCUCCCCAUUGUUCCAUCACCAAUGCCAUCACUAGGUCUCAAUUAUCAUGGUGAUUUUAAUAACAUUCUCAAGUUAGACCAGACCAAUUACGCUUCCAAUUUCGUCGAUUGUUUUUUGCCUCCCUUCCAAUUACCAUCAAAUAAUUCAUCCUCAUAUGAGUCCUCAUCAUGGUCCGCAGGAUAUCAACCCCAACCCCAAUUUGAUCCAAAUAUUCAGCAAGUUCAAAAUUUCAGCAUCAAUGAAGCUGCAGCUGCUCAAUAUAAUAAUAUUGGUAAUGAGCUCAUGGUUCCAAUUAGUAUGGCAUCGUCAGCAUCAGUCACUUAUGAAAAUCCUUUUAUUUUAGCCACCGUGCCUAAAUUUUGUGAGAUCAUUGAUGGUAAUGUUUGUAGAAUGCCAAUAUUAUACCCAUCUGAUCUAGAAGAACUUGAUUCACUUGCCAAAUUAUCAUGCUUUACAUCUAGUCAUGGAUCUCACCCUCAAGAUCUUCAAUUUCCAUCCAAUCAAUUAGAGUGCAUUGAUGCCAUCAUAUCAUUGUUGCCAUCAUCUUCAUCAUCGUCAUCGCCUUCAUCGGCAUCUCCAUCCUUGUUACCAUUAUCAAGCAACCAAUUCGACACAAACUUUAACGCUCAUUGAAGCUGCUUGGAAUCCUAGCUAUUAGACAUGAUCUAAAUUUGCGAAUUAGGUAUUUUGUAUGGUUGGAUUCAAUAUUCAUAGAAUGAAAAUUGCAUAUAUUUGUAUCUUGACAUUUGCAUAAGGUGACGCUAUUCCCAUUACUAGAAAACCUAAAUGUUGCUAGUUCGCGCUCCCUAGGAAGUGAUGUUUGUUGAGACACCAUAUGUUUCUCUCUCUUUUCACAUGUUGCUCACUUUAUUAUACUCUGGUCAAAGUACUCUCUAUUUGAAUAUCUUUUAUAUUGUACUCU